CGGCUGCUUGGCCGCCGGCUUAGUAGCAAGCGGUUGCGCUCCGAUACAGCGCGUUUUCUUGUACGGCCGUCCGAUGCUGCAGGCUUCGCACUCGGGCCCCGGUGGCGACCCGCUCACGCCCCAGCCCGAUAGGAUGGACCAGACUAGCUGCGACAAAGAUGAAGAUGCUGGCCAGGCUGAGGGUCCUCGGACCCUCGGAGUCUCUGGUCGCCGCGCAUCAGCCUACAAAAUCAGCCGUCGAAGUUCGUCCGAGCUUGGAUUAAGGAGCUACGGCAGCGAAGCCCCCGCUGUAGCCGCAGGUCCCGACCCCAUGGAUUUGGAGGGGAUGGAGCCGCUCGCUACAGCUUUAGAAAGUUCUAGGUCUCGAGGUCUCCUCGAGGGAUCCGCAAGCAGCGAGAGUUCUCCCGAAACCAUCUCGUUACUCCGUCUGCUCUCCGCGGAGAUCCGCCAAGAACAAGAGAACGAAGAGGCUGAGACCCGGGCCGUCGCCACGUCCCCGGACGGUCGCUUUCUCAAGUUUGACAUCGAAAUUGGCCGCGGCUCCUUCAAGACUGUUUACAAAGGGCUAGACACAGAGACCACUGUCGAAGUCGCUUGGUGCGAGCUGCAGACACGGAAGUUGUCCAAAAUGGAAAGGCAGCGCUUCAGUGAGGAGGUAGAGAUGCUGAAGGGACUCCAACAUCCUAACAUUGUCCGUUUCUAUGACUCAUGGAAAUCUUCCAUCAAAGGACAAGUCUGCAUUGUGCUGGUGACUGAACUCAUGACCUCGGGAACUCUUAAAACAUAUUUAAAACGAUUCAAGGAGAUGAAGAUGAAAGUUCUUCAGAGAUGGAGCAGACAGAUUCUUCGCGGACUCCAUUUUCUACAUACACGAUCCCCUCCUAUCAUCCAUCGGGACCUGAAAUGUGAUAAUGUCUUUAUCACAGGCCCUACUGGCUCAGUCAAAAUUGGAGAUCUUGGUUUGGCCACACUCAAGUGUGCUUCAUUUGCCAAGAGUGUCAUAGGAACUCCUGAAUUCAUGGCACCAGAAAUGUACGAAGAAAAAUAUGAUGAAGCAGUUGAUGUUUAUGCCUUUGGAAUGUGUAUGUUAGAAAUGGCAACCUCAGAAUACCCCUAUUCAGAAUGUCAGAAUGCAGCUCAAAUUUAUCGCAAGGUUACAUCAGGUAUGAAACCAAACAGCUUCUACAAGGUGAAAGUGCCUGAACUAAAGGAGAUAAUUGAGGGUUGUAUCCGAAUGAACAAAAAUGAAAGAUAUACCAUCCAGGAUCUUCUGGAUCACUCUUUCUUCCAUGAGGAUACAGGGGUCCAUGUUGAAUUAGCCGAAGAGGAUGAUGGCAUUAAGACCACUUUAAAGCUUUGGCUACGGAUGGAUGACACUAAAAAACUGCAUGGGAAGUACAAGGACAACAAUGCCUUGGAGUUUUACUUUGAGCUGUAUAAGGAUGUGGCUGAGGAAGUUGCCCAAGAAAUGGUGGUUCUAGGCUUUGUAUGUGAAGCAGACUACAAGCCAGUGGCAAAAGCAGUGCGAGAGCGAGUUCUUGCUAUCAAACGUCAGCGUGAGAAGACCAAACAAGCUCAGGAACAGCAGAAGCAUCAGGAGCAAUCUCUAGCAAUGGCUUCCGAUAUCCUACAUUUGCUGGACCUGGACUCCCCCUCGCCUCUCAGUCCUGUCCAGACCUCAAUCCCCACCACACCGGGGUCUGCCGACUCUGCCCUUGGAUCAACGUUUCCCCCAGAGCCAGAAGAGCCGGAAGUUGACCAACAUCAGCCAUUCCAGUUUCAUCCGAACUAUUCCUCUACCACAUCUGAUUGUGAAACUGAUGGGUAUUUAAGUUCUUCUGGAUUUGUGGAGUCGCCCGAAAAACUGCAGAGUCAUUCUAGCCCAGUAAAAGUUUCGGGUCAUUGUUUUGCUUCGACCAUUGCUGUGAGCCUGGAACCAGUCUCCACCAGUGACAUCUCUUCUCCUUUUGACAGUUACGCAUCCGAUGUGGCAUCUGGCUUGAGUGAUGGCUACGAGGGUCUCUCUGCAAGUGAGGACAAGUCAAACCGAGCCUCUGGAAAGCUGGUUCGCCGUCGUGCUCGAUCUCGGCUGCGCAUUACUAAUGAUGGACCAGUGUAUAAGACGCACCAAGAUUUUGACGAGAUGCCAAAUCAGAAUGAUCAAGUAGUUGAGUGUCAACUACAGACAUAUAAUAACAAGAUGGUCACCUUCAAAUUUGACCUGGAUGGCGACAAUCCCGAGGAAAUCGCAGCUGUCAUGGUUGCCAAGGAAUUUAUCCUGAAAUCUGAACAAGAACAUUUCAUCCAGGGAAUUCAUGAUAUUAUCCUGCGUGUAGAAGCACUACUCCAGAAGGAUAAGUUGAACAAAGAACAGGGGGCUCUGGGCAAGCCUGAUGUGCAAUGUGUAUCUCCUAUUUCAACUACUAACGCUCCCUCAGCUGAGCUGCCACUGCAAGACCUCUCUUGUUCCAUCUCCUCAUCCUCAUCACUUAGUGAUUUUGGUUGCCUUAGCUCAGGACAGCCUGUGUCAUCACCUAGCCAUACUUCAAUGGUGGAAGCAAAUUCUGAGAAUGAUCCUUUUAGCCUCACCGUCCCCCCAACAUCCCAAAACUUUGGGCAACCAGUGUUCUCAACUACAUCUGCAGGCGUCACCAGUACACCUGGACAGACCUGGCCAACCUACCAUAUGUAUCCAGGGACUCCUACCACACCAUCUUACCUUGUCCCCAUUCCGCAACCAAUUUCUACGCCAAGUUCUGUUCUCCCCACAUUACCCCUUACCUCUUCCACUGCCGCAUCCAUUGGCCCUGCUGUGCAUGCACCAGCUAUCCCCAUGUGGUCUACUUCUACUUCCCCUUUGUUCUCCUUUGCCAAUGUCUUCUCUCUGGCUAUGAUGAGUAUGGCCCAUUCACUUCUCCCAGUUGUAUCUGGAGGGACUGCCCAGACAGGGCCUCUCUAUACCUCGCCAGUCCCACAGCCAUCAGUUCUGUGUCCACCAAGCCCAAGUACCGUACGCUUUAUCUAUCCUGAGCUGGUGUGUUCCCCGAAACCAGUCCACUUAGCCAAUGGGAUGUUGGGCCCAGUGGUGUCUCCAGGCUCUAAGGCAAUUCCAGUCACCUCAGUUGCUGGGAAUUCUGACAACCAUCCAGUAGCUCCUGCUUCUUCCUCGUCUGGAACACAAUUAACUGUAUCAGAUCAGUCUACCUCCAAUGGUUCCUCUGCUGAACAUACAACCCUCAGUGAAGGAGAGCCCAAGCCACAAAUCCUGGGCCGUUUCCAGGUGACACCCACACGGAAUAUCCCAUCAGAAUCCUCCCCCAAAGGCAAUGGACCUGACACCUCAAGUACCUCCGAAUCUGAUACUGGAUCUCCUGGUGAAACGCCUGUGCAGGAAGGCGAGGAGGGCACCACUCCUGUAGCAGAAGGAGAGGGCGAAGGAGAAUCCCCUCAUAGCAGCACUGUUUGGAUGAAUUAUAUGCACAGCCCUUCCUACCCCAGCAGUGAUGAUUCAGACAGCACAGAAGAUGAUGAUGUCUGUGUCGAAGUACAAGCCUUGCGUCAGAAGCAUCUUUCUGAAGUAGAACAGCUGCAGGCCCAGCAAAAACAGGAAAUUGUGGACCUUUAUACCCGCCUUGGCAAAGUGCCCCCUGCUGGAAUUGUAUCACCUGCAACCGUUCUGUCUAGUCGCCAACGCCGCCUCUCUAAGGGCAGCUCCAAUCCCCUGAGGCGCAGCAGCCUACAGCGCUCAGACACAACACAGCCUCAAGGGAUCAUGAGGAGAAAUUCUGUGGGUGGCAGCAACCUUGCCUCCCAGGAACAGCGACAAAGUAAAGGGGUGAAGUUUGCUAGUGAUAUUGGAUGUCUGUAACCAGACCAUUGGCGGAUACUUUUGUGGAUUCUACCUCAACCUGGUGCCCACCCUCAAAAGGAUUGAAUGAAAGGGCCUUCUGCAACAUAUGCCUUUUGCUCUGUUUAUAAGGGCUGUCACUAUUAUUCAGUAUGGCAAAGAUAUUUUGAUAAAAGGGGAAGAAUUGAUGCUCCUGAGAAUUCUAUCUGAACCAAACAAAUAACGAUGACAAUACUUCAGUGCUACUGAGUUUUUCUGUAUAAGCUUUGGAUAUGCAAAGGGAUGCUAAGCCCCUGCAAUUUGGGAGGAUUUCUCAUAAAAAUGCCAGGACGUGCAUGCUUUUCUGCUGCUUCUCUUAUAAAAGAAUGCAGCUAAAAUAGAAGCAAAGUAUGCUGUAUGAGAUCUUUCAUGCUCUAGAGUGGAAUCCUUAUGUUUCAAGAUUUAUUGAUCUAUGUGCCUUGAUAAGAGGGAGAUCAAGACCUAGAGUAGAUCUUACUUGCUCUCCUUAAUUACCAAAGCCACCUGAGGCUUCUCUAAAUAUUUAAGCAGCUGUCUUAUGGGAGAGGAGUAUGCCUUAGUAUUAAAGGAAUUAGGUCCUCUCCUCAUUAAUUCCGCUGCAAGUUUAGCCCUAAAAGCAGUGGCAGUCUACUUGAUCUCUUCUGCACUUUUGGAAAUUUUUGCCUUGAUUAAGGUUCCAGUUUUUUUACAAGGAUAUCUGCACUUUGGAGUGAAAGCCUUGUACAUGAGGUUUUGUACAACUACCAUAAUAUAUAAAGACGGGCUUUGAAAGGAAAGUUGAUAUUGCAUAAGGCAGCACCAACCUGGCAGAAAUAAAAAAAUGUGAACAAUGAAAAUAAAUAAACAUAAUUCAG